CGCGUGUCAACACGCUCCCCCACCCCACCUCGCGUUCUCCUUAAAAGCCCCCGAGAAGAUUCACCUUAACAUUUCCCAGUCUCUUCCAUUCAACACCACCACCUCUGCAAGAAGCAAAUUAAUAUCCUAGAAUUGCAUUGAGACGUGUCCCGACCACUUUGGUACUUGCAACCAGCAAUUAUCUCUUUGAGUGUCCGCACUGCAUAGUGCCUUCGCCACCCUUCUGACCUUCCGAGCUUCCCUCCAGUCUUAGUCCACACAUCCAUUCUCGCCAUGUAUGUCAGAAAGCGCGAUGGACGCCAGGAACGCGUCCAGUUCGACAAGAUCACGGCACGAGUCUCCCGACUCUGCUAUGGGCUUGAUAUGGACCAUGUAGACCCCGUUGCCAUUACCCAGAAGGUCAUCUCUGGCGUCUAUGGUGGUGUCACAACCGUUCAGUUGGACGAUCUUGCUGCCGAAACUGCGGCGUACAUGACCGUCACCCACCCCGACUACGCCAUCCUUGCAGCCCGUAUUGCUGUCUCCAACCUCCACAAGCAGACCAAGAAGCAGUGGUCAUCUGUUAUCAGCGACCUCUACCACUAUGUCAAUCCUAGGAAUAAGCGGCCUUCGCCCAUGAUUUCCCAGGAGACGUACGACUGCGUCAUGCGUCACAAGGAGGACUUGGACUCGGCCAUCGUCUACGACCGAGACUUCAAUUACCAGUACUUCGGCUUCAAGACUUUGGAGCGGUCCUACCUGCUCAAGCUUGAUGGCAAGAUUGCCGAGCGACCCCAGCACAUGAUCAUGCGUGUUGCCGUCGGCAUCUGGGGAGAAAACAUCGAGCGCGUCAUUGAGACUUACAACUUGAUGUCGGGCAAGAUGUUCACCCAUGCCUCGCCAACCCUCUUCAACGCUGGUACUCCCCAGGCUCAGUUCUCAUCCUGCUUCUUGGUCGACAUGAAGGAGGACAGCAUCGAAGGCAUCUACGACACUCUGAAGACCUGUGCUAUGAUCUCCAAGAUGGCUGGAGGCAUCGGUCUCAACGUCCACCGCAUCCGUGCCACUGGAUCCUACAUCGCCGGCACGAACGGCACCUCCAACGGCAUCAUUCCGAUGCUCCGCGUCUUCAACAACACUGCCCGCUACGUCGACCAAGGCGGCAACAAGCGGCCGGGUGCUUUUGCCAUCUACCUCGAGCCCUGGCACGCCGAUGUUUUUGAAUUCCUCGAUCUUAGAAAGAACCACGGCAAGGAGGAAGUCCGUGCCCGGGACCUCUUCCUCGCCCUCUGGAUCCCUGACCUCUUCAUGAAGCGGGUUGAGAAGAAUGGCGAGUGGACUCUGAUGUGCCCCAACGAGUGCCCAGGCCUUGCCGACUGCUACGGCGAGGAAUUCGAGGCUCUCUACGAGAAAUAUGAGCAGGAGGGCCGCGGCCUCAAGACCAUCAAGGCGCAGAAGCUUUGGUAUGCCAUUUUGGAAGCUCAGACCGAGACUGGCAACCCCUUCAUGCUCUACAAGGACCAUUGCAACCGCAAGAGCAACCAGAAGAACCUCGGUACCAUCCGGAGCUCCAACCUGUGCACCGAGAUUAUCGAGUACUCUGCCCCUGACGAGGUUGCCGUCUGCAACUUGGCGUCGCUGUCGCUGCCGUCCUUUGUUGACUACAACGAGGGGGCCUACGACUUCCAGAAGCUCCACGAAGUCACUCAGGUCGUCGUCCGCAACCUGAACAAGAUCAUCGACGUCAACCACUACCCGGUCCCCGAGGCGCGCAACAGCAACAUGCGUCACAGGCCUAUUGGUAUCGGUGUCCAGGGUCUUGCCGACGCAUUCCUGGCCCUCCGUAUGCCCUUCGAGUCUCCCGAAGCCCGUGAGCUGAAUAAGCAAAUCUUCGAGACCAUCUACCAUGCCGCUCUCACCGCCUCGUGCGAAUUGGCCAAGGAGCAGGGUCCCUACUCGACCUACGAGGGCUCGCCCGUUUCCCAGGGUAUCCUGCAGUAUGACAUGUGGAACGUCAAGCCCAGCGACCUAUGGGAUUGGGAGAGUCUCAAGGCCACCAUCAAGGAGCACGGCGUCCGCAACAGUCUUCUUUUGGCUCCCAUGCCUACGGCCUCGACUUCCCAGAUCCUGGGCAACAACGAGUGCUUCGAGCCGUACACGUCGAACAUCUACCAGCGACGAGUGCUUGCUGGUGAAUUCCAGGUUGUCAACCCAUGGCUGUUGAAGGACCUUGUCGAUAUGGGCCUGUGGUCGGACAGCAUGAAGAACCGCAUCAUUGCCGCCGACGGCUCUAUCCAGGCUAUCCCCAACAUCCCGGCCGACAUCAAGGCCCUGUAUAAGACUGUCUGGGAGAUCUCCCAGCGUACCAUCGUCCAGAUGGCGGCUGACCGUGGUGCCUUCAUCGAUCAAUCCCAGUCCCUCAACAUCCACAUGCGGGAGCCUACGAUGGGCAAGAUCACCAGCAUGCACUUCGCCGGUUGGAAGCUUGGUCUCAAGACCGGCAUGUACUACCUCCGCACCCAGGCUGCUGCUCAACCUAUCCAGUUCACGGUUGACCAAGAGGCUCUCCGCCUGCAAGACACGGCCGUUGGAAAGACGACUUCUGGUCUGAGGAAGCGCGCCCCACCUUCGGGCAGCUACAUGGCAUCGUCGCACUCGGCCGUGCCGCGGCCCAUGUAUGCCAAGAAGGAGGAUCGCCCCGGCGGUAAUAUCGCCAGCAACGGGAUCCCGACUCCCAGCACCACGCCCCCACCAAUCAAGCUGGCUGCCAAUGGCGACGUCCAGUCGCGCCCGCUUGCAUCGCCUUCAAAACCCGUCCCCUUCAAGGCUGAUAUCCCCGAGGGAGACAGCCCCAAGGCCUUGCCCACCGAGCCAAGCGAGAAGAUCGAGCUCGAAGAGCUCAGUGACGCUACCCUCGACAGCAAGAAGGAGAGCCAGAACGAGGACGAGGAGGAUGAGAGCAAAGAGCGGGAGACGGACAUCUACUCGGACGCUGUCCUUGCUUGCAGCAUCGAGAACCCCGAGUCGUGCAUCAUGUGCAGUGGCUGAUCUGUCACCCUGUCGGAGAGCGAUGAUGAGUAAUGCGAUGGUUGAUGAUAGGAUAUAAUAUUGUACUGCAUGGUCUUUCUGGAGCGCAUUCUCUUGCUUUGGGCGCUCAACACUAAACACCUGAUACCAGCAAGGAUGCGCGUUUCGUUUGUAAGGGCGG